AUGGCACACAUGGCAAACCCGGCCCUUACUGCGUUGAGUGCCAGUGCGCGGGCGUGGUGUAGUAGGGACAUCGACGGAUGCGACCGCUGCAACGGUCAAAUGCUUAAAUGCGCAUAUCCGGUCUGGUACCGGUCCGAGUCUUCCCCUGCUCGCACUGCUGCCCUCUCCUCGUUUACAAUCCACGCAACCGCGGAUCCGUUUCCCGUGACGCUCCCUACCCUCUUGUGUCCCUGCACGAAGGACGUGGCAUGCAAAGCCCGACGCUUCUGCAUGUCAACUUGCCGUGGCUCCUCCGCCGAGCUGUACUACGAUGUGUGUAGCCACGGGGUCCUCCGGCACUCCGAGCUACCUCUUGCCCAACCAGCUGUCGCUUGGGUUGCAAGGACGUUCCAGGCUGCACUGGACGGUCCAGCAUUGGCGGGCAGCACUGUGCUAGUUGCGUUGUGGCUCGGUGUGGUAGAGAGACCUCAGUGGUGGAUCGAGGCGUCCGGGCCCGGGCUCGAGGGACUAAGAUAG